GGGGGGGGGGUGGGGGGGGGGGGAGGAUUUGCCUUGCUCUUGUUCUUCACCUAUAUUACAACUCAUUCAAGCUUUCCCAUCUUCACCUCUCCCUCUCCCAUCCCCAAAGCUUCAAUCUUUCCUCUUCCUCACUCAAUACCCAGUUCCCAAUCCAUGCUUACUUCCUUCAUCCUCAACCCGAUCCUCUGCUCCUUCUUCGAGUUCCACGGUUUCUUGGGUCUUUUGGUUCUGAAGAUCUCAUCAGUUUUGAUCAUCUGUGGCUUCAAUCUGGUUUAUUGAAGAGGAUAAGAUUGUGGGCUUCCUCUGUUUUGUCUGAAUUAGUGCUGAGUUUCAGUGUCUUGGAUUAGAUUGAGUUAAGGUGGAUAGGCAAUAGACGGUUCUUGUGUAUCUGUUCUUGGUUCUGCCGGUCAGUCCCCCUUCAAGCUCUCCUAAAGCUUGAAGCUUUCCAUCGUUUUUUUUUUCCUUGGAAAUGUUGGGGACCGGGCUGCAGUUCGGGAGGGUCCACUGCGAGGAUCGGUUUUACGUUCCUGUGAAAGCAAGAAAGAAUCAGAAUCAGCUCCAGAGACAAGCUUCGGAGCAAUCUGGAAAUGAUGUGGUCGAAAGCCCGAACUCGUCCACGAAGAGGAGGACUGGUGCUUCCGACCAUGGAAGGCCGAAGGAGGCUGCAGUAUCGGUAGAUAGGUAUUCUAAGGACCCAUCUGUGGCCUCUCAUAGUAACCUUGAACGGUUCUUGGAGUCGACCACUCCCUCGGUCCCAGCUAAGUACUUAUCAAAGACAACAAUGAGGGGGUGGAAGACUUGUGAUGUGGAGUUCCGACCUUACUUCUCACUCGGCGAUUUGUGGGAGUCAUUUAGGGAAUGGAGUGCUUAUGGUGCGGGAGUGCCUUUUCUAUUGGAUGGAAGCAACUGUGUCAUCCAAUACUACGUCCCAUAUCUAUCGGGUAUCCAAUUAUAUGGUCCUGCUGCGCAUUCAAAUUCUAAAUCAAGGUCAGGUAGCGAGGACAGUGAUGGUGAUUACUGCAAGGACUCAAGUAGUGAUGGAAGCAGCGACUACGAAAUUGAGAAAGGAGCUAGAUUUUCUUGCUCAGCAAAUGAGAUCUCUUUUAAAAUUGGCGAACUGUGUGUGAGUGAUGACCAAAGUUCAGGACAAGAAGGCUUCUCCAGUGACAAUGGUGAAGGUGGAGGGAAUUCUAGAGGUUGCCUACUGUUCGAGUACUUGGAACGAGAACCACCUUACAGCCGAGAACCAUUAGCUGACAAGGUAAUGGAUCUUGCCCGGAGUUUUCCUGCUCUGAAGACAAUAAGAAGUUGCGAUUUGCUUCCAUUCAGUUGGAUUUCAGUGGCAUGGUAUCCCAUAUACAGAAUACCGACUGGUCCGACAUUAAAAGAUUUGGAUGCUUGCUUUCUAACAUAUCACACCCUCUCCAUGCCUAUGGGAGGAAGUGGAGGGGCUCAAUCUCCAAUUAUGGUCUAUCCAAGAGAGAUGGAAAGUGUCCCGAAGAUUCGACUGCCUGUCACCGGGAUGGCAACAUAUAAGUUCAAAGGAUCCAUGUGGACUCAAAAUGGGGUCCACGAGCGUCACCGAGCGAAUUCACUAACACAGGAUGCGGACAAUUUACUUAGACUGCUUGGAGUCAAUCACCCCGAUUUCCAGUUCUUUGCUUCGCAUGGCAUUUACUCGAGGUGAUUCCGGGAUGAUUGUUUUCAAGGAUAAGUUUUUUUCAAGGAUAAGUUUGUCUUUACACACCACACGGGAUGAGGAUACCCCGUCUCAACAACGAUGCUUUUGGAUGAAGUGCAUUCGAGCUCGGAAAAAAAUUUAUGUACAAAUCAGAUUUCCCAUUACCAUGAAAGGAAAACAGAAAUUAGGAUAUCAAGGAUGUAAUUUGAAGGAAUUACUGCAGCAGACUUUUUUUUUCCAUGGAAGCCAGGUGGUUCACAUAAAACAAACUGGAGAAAGUUCGAGUUAGAGUUGCACAAUGUUGGGCUUGAGCAAUGCAGUUAUGGAUUUACAAUGCUGAUAGCGGACACGAGUUACCGAACAUGUGAUAUUUGUGUAUUUUACAUGUUAAUAUAGUGAUAUAGGAGUAAAAUUCAUGCUUUAGGUACAGUCAUCGGUGAAAUUUUACUUGGAUCUUUGGUUAGAUCUUUGCAUAUUUCUGGUAUCCUGGAUGGAUUUACUUAAAUUCGGCUAUCUUGUAGUUGCUACGAAAUUUCGUGUGAUUACGGGUUAAUAAUAUAAUUUCUCAGUUCUAAGCAA